AGUCUUUGCGACAGUGUCGCGCUCGGCGGGAUCUGGGCCGUAAAGGCGCUCGCGGAGCCGCCCCUACCGAGGCAGCAGCGGCCGACGUGCGCGGCCAUGGCGGAUAUGGAAGAUCUGUUCGGGAGCGACGCUGACAGCGAGGCCGAACGGAAAGAUCCUGACUCUGGGUCUGACUCGGACUCUGACCAGGAGAAUGCUGCUUCUGGCAGUAACGCCUCUGGAAGCGAGAGCGAUCAAGAUGAAAGAGGUGAUUCAGGAAAACCAAGUAACAAGGAACUGUUUGGAGAUGACAGUGAGGAUGAAGGAGUGUCUCAUCACAGUGGGAGUGACAAUCACUCUGAAAGAUCAGACAACAGAUCAGAGGUAUCUGAGCGUUCUGACCACGAAGACAAUGACCCCUCGGACGUAGACCAGCACAGCGGGUCUGAAGCCCAUAAUGAUGACGAAGAUGAAGGACACAGGUCAGAUGUGGGGAGCCAUCACUCAGAAGCAGAAGGUUCUGAAAAAGCACAUUCCGAUGAUGAAAAAUGGGACCGGGAAGAUAAAAGCGACCAAUCAGAUGAUGAAAAGAUGCAAAAUUCAGAUGAUGACGAGAGGGCCGAAGGCUCUGACGACGACGAGAAGAUGCAGAACACAGACGACGAGGAGAGGCCUCAGCUCUCAGAUGACGAGAGACAGCCACUGUCUGAAGAGGAGAAGGCCAAUUCUGAUGACGAGCAGCCAGCAGCUUCUGAUAAUGACGACGAGAAGCAGAAUUCCGAGGAUGAAGAAGACCGGCCACCGAUGUCUGAUGAGGAGAAGAUGCACAAUUCCGAUGACGAAAGGCCCCAGGCCUCCGAUGAAGAGCCCAGGCAUUCAGAUGACGAAGAGGAGCAGGACCAUAAAUUAGAGUCUGUGAGAGGCAGUGACAGUGAAGAUGAAGUUCUACGAAUGAAACGCAAAAAUGCAAUUGCAUCUGACUCAGAAGCGGAUAGUGACACCGAGAUGCCCAAAGAUAAUACUGGAACCAUGGAUCUAUUUGGAGGUGCAGAUGACAUUUCUUCAGGAAGUGAUGGAGAAGAUAAACCUCCAACUCCAGGACAGCCUGUUGAUGAAAAUGGAUUACCUCAGGACCAACAGGAAGAAGAACCAAUUCCCGAAACCCGAAUAGAAGUGGAAAUACCCAAAGUAAACACUGACUUAGGAAACGACUUAUAUUUUGUUAAACUACCCAACUUUCUCAGUGUAGAGCCCAGACCUUUUGACCCUCAAUAUUAUGAAGAUGAAUUUGAAGAUGAGGAGAUGCUGGAUGAAGAAGGUAGAACCAGAUUAAAAUUAAAGGUAGAAAAUACUAUCCGAUGGCGGAUACGCCGGGAUGAAGAAGGAAAUGAAAUUAAAGAAAGCAAUGCUCGCAUCGUCAAGUGGUCAGAUGGCAGCAUGUCACUGCAUUUAGGCAAUGAAGUGUUCGAUGUGUACAAAGCUCCACUGCAGGGCGAUCACAACCAUCUUUUUAUAAGACAAGGUACUGGUCUGCAGGGACAAGCCGUCUUUAAAACCAAACUCACAUUCAGACCUCACUCUACGGACAGUGCCACACAUAGAAAAAUGACCCUGUCACUUGCGGAUAGAUGUUCAAAGACACAGAAGAUUAGAAUCUUGCCGAUGGCUGGUCGUGACCCCGAAUGCCAGCGUACAGAAAUGAUUAAGAAAGAAGAAGAACGUUUGAGAGCUUCUAUCCGUAGGGAGUCUCAGCAGCGCCGAAUGAGAGAGAAACAGCACCAGCGAGGGCUGAGUGCCAGCUACCUGGAACCUGAUCGAUACGAUGAAGAAGACGAAGGCGAGGAGUCCAUCAGCUUGGCUGCCAUUAAAAACCGAUACAAAGGGGGCAUUCGAGAGGAACGGGCCAGAAUCUAUUCUUCAGACAGCGAUGAGGGAUCAGAAGAAGAUAAGGCUCAAAGAUUGCUCAAAGCAAAGAAGCUCAACAGCGAUGAGGAAGGUGAACCUUCUGGAAAGAGAAAAGCUGAAGAUGACGAUAAAGCAAAUAAGAAGCACAAGAAAUAUGUCAUCAGUGAUGAAGAGGAAGAAGACGAUGAUUGAGGGGAAAUGUGAAGGCUUUUUAUAUAUUUUCAUGUACAGCUUGUUUUAUAAAUAUGAUGUAAACAUGAGUUAUUUUGAUUGAGAUGAAUUGAUUUCCUUUUGUGUAAUUUUAAUUGUAAUAAACUUUUAAAGAAAAUUGA